UGAGAACGCUCCACGUAUUUUUCUCCAGCGGGACCCGACCCCGCACCUAAGCCUCUUUGUGCGCCAUGGCUUUUCCGACGGAGGAGAAGGAUCCCCUGGUGCCGGUGGACGUGCGCCAGGAGUGGGCCGGCUUCGACCUGGUGAAGGUCGGGGGGGAGAAGUUGCUGAGCUGCAAGCGGGGGAACCUGGUGCUGCUGUCCGGGUGCAUCACCACAACGGCGCCUAUGAAGCAGAAGGCGAACUUCGACAUUACCGUGGGCCAGGUGCCGAUUCACUGCGUGCCGAAGCGCUUCGUGCCCUUCGUGGCCCCCACAGCCAUGAGCCGCUACGAGGGCAUCCGCCAGUGCUCCACCAGCGCCACCGUGCGGAGGGAUGGACGGCUGGUCAUCAACUUCAGCAAGAAUACCAACCCCAUGGUCCUGCACUUUUCCGGCCUCGCUUUCAACGUAGGCGAGCCCGUGCAAGAGAUUGAGUUCCUGCAGCUCGACCCCAAGGAGUCCAAGUUGACCUUGCGGCCCUCGGACGACCCACCCGCCAUCCAGUGCGAGGGCAAGAUCGUCACGCUGCAGGGCUGCUUGCAGGAAGCCGCCUAUGGCUUCGCGAGUCAAAACAUUGCGCGCCUGCCGGAAGGCUUCCGCCCCCGCCGGGAGAUCCGUUGCAUGGCGCCGCUACUCCGCAGGUGUCAGGAGGACUUCGGCCAAUGCGACCUUGCCGACCAGAGCAUCGCCUUGACGCUGAAGCCCGAUGGCACCGUUGCGGUGCAGGGCGGCAACAUCCACAUGGUGGAUCAGAAGGGAAAUAUGCGAGUGCUCCCGCAGAAGAAGGCGGGCAUGCUCAGCUUCGACGGUAUCCGCUUCUUCCUGGGCAACGAUGCGGUGCCCAUCGAGCUGUCCUCGCUGCUGAAAACCGAAGAGGAGAAGAAGAAAGACGAGAAGAAGAACAAACUUCUGCAGCUUUUUGGGCCCCGGGUGAAGAACACGGCCGUGGCCUGCAAGCAAGACGGCAUCAUUCUGCUCGAGGGCUCUCUGGAUUGGGAUGCCAACCGCCCGCUGCACAACAAGCAGGUCAUCGCCACCUUGCCCAAAGGAUAUUGGCCCCGGCGCCGCGAGACGUUCUUCACUCGCGGCUGCCAGGAGGAGCGGCGCAGGGUGGACAUCGACGUCUACGGCCGCAUCUUUUGCACCGAAGGUGCCGACAGAGCCAGUGACGGGGGCGGCGGAUACGUGGACCUCAGCGGCAUCCUCUUCAUCGGGGCCGCGCAGCCGCCGAGCGGGGCGCCGCUGGAUCCGGACACGGACGACCUGCGCCUGGUGUACAACCCCAACACCUCGGAAGUUCCGGCAUCUUCCUUCAAAGGCCGGGAGUUGCUGGAGAAGUUCAUCAAGAGGUGCAACGUUUAUGAAUGGAAGCUGUUGCACAACGCCAUGGCAAGGGGAGCGGGCCGGAGGAUGCUAACUCCUCUGGGGGACUCUGUGAAGAUUCGGGGCUGGGAGCGCGGCAACGAGUACAACUUAGGAAAGCGGGAGCACAGUCUGUGGAGAGACUGCUUGAAAGGCCCUCUCGGCGAGCGCUAUGGGAUAUCAACCUGGCACACCCUUAUGCACCUCUCUUAUCGCAAGCUGGAUGAGGUGCUGGACUGUUGCCCAGAUCUCGGCGAUGAGGGCCGGCGCCACAUCAAGGGUAUUAAGAGGACCCUCGAAGGAGAGUGGGAGCGCAGCAGACGGCCUGGCCUCACCUUCCGACACCUGGAAAGCCUGGCGCAGGAAAUCGCAGAUCAGAUGUCUCGGCACUGGGACUUCCGAGCUCAACUGCAAGGUUUGCUGAAGAACGACUUCCGAGCACCCAGCACCAUCGAGCACCUGUUCCCGCGCCACGUGAACCGAUCGCAGGCGGAGAUUAUCAAGGCAAACGUCCAUGAGAAGGACUUCCACCGGUUUGAGGAGAUCAGGCAGUUCUUCUUCCUGCACGAGACAACCGGGAGCAACAUGACCCACUGCACCUUGAUGGGCGCCCAAGAUAUGUUCACGACGACUGGGAAGUGGCACUUCCCCGACGCGAAAGAGGUCCAAAUGCAGCUCUUCGAAAAUAUCGCUUGGCUGGCGGAGAGGAAUAUCUACCACUACAUCUCUGAGCGUCAGACUCCGCGCUUUCCCUUCAUUGAGGACUUUGACAUCCAGGCGGAGGUCGACUGGAAAGAGCCGGAUCCAGGGCAGAUUCGGCCAGACCCGCCGGACGAGCUGAUCCUGCAGAAGCCUCAAAGGGAUGGGGAUGAGGUCUUCGGAGAUCCAGGCCUUUUCCUAAAAUAUCGCGCCAUGGCCAUUCACAUGAUCUACCCACAGAUUGAGAACCUCUACUGCCUUGUGUACUCUGCAUCGGGCUACAACAAGGGCAAGGAGAUGAUGAAAUCCUCUUUUCACCUGGUCUGGCCACAACUUGUGGUGGAUCCAGACCGAGCUCCUGUCAUUAGAUAUGUCACCCUGGGAAUCUACAAGAACGAGACCAACAAGCCGGGCUCGCCUCUGAACCAGAUGCAGCGCCGGCUGAUGGAGCUUCACGAGAGCAACGAAUGGGAGCUUGUCUUCGACAGCACCACCAUCAACGCGCGGAAUGGCCUGCGCCUGCCCUACAGCGACAAGGCCUCCAUGGUGGUGAAAGACCCGGGGGACCGGGAGAAGAUCAAGCGGGGGGAGCUGUCCAAGAACUCGGCCUUCAAGGUGCGGAUCACCGAGGGGCGGCCAAGCCGCGCCGUUGGCCGCCUCGACUUCACCUUCCGGAAGGACGAAGACGGCCAGGAUGUGCUGGAGGAUGCCCGCUGGGUGGCAGACGAGCGGAGCUACACUCGUGCAGAGUGGAUCAAGAUGGGCUCCUGCCGGAGGGACCAGAACAGCCAGGAGGCCACAGAAAUCACUCCCUGGCAGCUGGGGCCGGACGUCAUGAAGAUGCUGCCCAAGAAGCCAGGGGAGAAGUACUAUCGCGAGUACGACGAAAACCUGGAGGGUUUCACCACCCACGUGCCGUACCCCAACAUUAUGAGAUGCUCGCUGCCCACACGCGAGUUCGUGGACAUUUGGGACGAACAGCUGGCCGAAGAAAUGGAUGCGCUGGAGGAGGAGAUGGAGCCGGAGCUGCGAGUGCGCAUUGCCGGGCAAUGGGUUUCCAUCACGGAGGAUCAGGCCAUUUGGAGAGCGCCGGCGGUGACGCAGUUCCCGGACAAGUUCCCAGAUUGGGACUGGGGCGUUGGCUCGUACAAGUUGCUUCGCCCUGCAGAGCUCACGUACAUCCGGAAGAAGGGCAAAAUCAUUCUGGAUGGCCCGAAAGAUGUGCUCGAGCCUUUGCUGCGCGUACUGGCGCUGUGCCGCACCGAGCCCGAUGAUCACCCGAUCAUGCCCAUUUACGACGUCACCAAGAUGGAGCGGUACCCGGGGUCCUGCUGGGGUGCCACCAAUUAAUCGGCUGGAUCGAGACGUUCGGCCCGAAGCCGAAGCAAACAAGCGACUGGGGAUUUGGGAGGUGGGGGGUUCUUGGU